AUGAGUUUGAUAAUCAGUGUUCCAGAAGCCGCUGCUACACCCGACACAAUACAGUUCAAGCUGGUGUUACCCACUUGUUUUCGUACCUUUCAACAAAUCAGCUGGCUUCAUGCCAAGUUAAAAAAAGCUUUUCCCGCUGUGGUCCUACCCCCUUUACCUGAACAGCCCAUGUCGGCUCACAUUGAUGACCAAGAUUACGUUGAGCGAAAAAGAUUGCAAGUCUCGAGAUUUUUUGACAAAAUUAUGGGAAGGCAAGAAUUGACCCACCAUGCGGAUUUUAUACAUUUUUUGUCAAGUGAUAUGUCUCCUACACAAGUAGGUCGAUCAAGUACAAGUGUCUUGGCCUUUCUAAAAUUCAAUAGAGUCAUCAAACCCAAUACAGACCGAGGAUUUAAAUCAUACAAGGCUUCCGAGAUUAUUGAAGGAAAUGAUCAAGAUACGUUUCAUAAGCAUCAAAUUUACAUUUUACUACAAGAAUCCUAUUACGGUUUUAUUGCAGAAUCACUCAACGAUUUAAUCACUAUUCGCGAAGGCCUUGGAGAUAGCAUGGCACAUAUGGGUGAUCUCAUUAUUGAAACCACUCAGAGUAAAUACCGACUGGGCCUUGGACUCAAAUUUGACGCCAGAGAUGCUCAACGUAACUUGGAUCGGAAAAUGCAAAUGCUGGGCUUAUUGAUGGACGAAUUAGGCUUUGUAUUCACCAGACAAGGCAAAGAAGAAAACAUGAAGUUUGGUGAUGUCAUGAUUGAAUAUAAGAAUUCCUUGGAUCCCUUAAAAGUCGUAUUUAACGCUAGAACAGUUAAACUAAUGGAGUAUGUCGAACAGUUGAAAUAUCGAAACAAAAAGAGAGAUCGAGCAGACAAGCUAAAACUGAGAUUAGGCAUGAAUCAUCCUGAAGUAAAGGAAGUCAUUGACGAAGAGAUUGUGGUAAGUAUGUUUAUUACAUAUACAUGUGCCGAUGGAAAAUAUAGCGAAUACUCAUCAUUAAAUUAG